AUGGGAGUAGGUAAAAGUCAGUUUUCUGAAGAAGAACUACAAGCUUACCAGGUAUUUGAUUUUGUUUAAAUUAUUAAAUAUUUGUAUAUUAUAUUCAAUUACUUAAUAUUACUUUAUAUUGUAGGAUUUAACGUACUUUACGAAGAAAGAAGUUUUGCAGUAAGUAUAUUUAAAUAAUACAAGUAAUAUCUAUUUAAUAGUUUUUUAUAAUAAUUAGAAACAAUAAUUACUUUGAUUAAUUAUUUUAACCUUAUACUUUUUAUAGAUUUAUUUAAUUAUAGAGGAAAAGAUAGAGAGCUGUUUACUCUCGAUUUUACAAUAAUGAUAUGCAUUUAUUUUACUUUAUACUUUUAAUUUUAGCAUUUAUGAAAAAUAAAUUAUAUUCAUAUUAUAUAUAUCCACAUAUAUCAAAAGAAAGAGUAGAUUUAUUUUACCAUAUUUUAUAUAUAUUUUAAAUGCAAAUAUUUUGUGUCUAAUUAUUUUGUAAGAAUGAAAAUUGAGUAUAAUGAUCUAAUUUUCCACUUAAUAAGUGAGAUAAUUAAAUAUAUAUUUUAGGUUUAUAAUAUUAUUUAUAUUAUUUAUUAUAUUUAUAUCUAUCUAAUUUAGUCUUUCUAUUUAUAUAUAUGUAUAUAGAUUAUUUGUAUUGUAUAUACAUAGAUAUACAAGAAAAUAUUAAUAACUUUAUGAUUAGUCAGUUAUUUUUAUUAUGUAUCAUUAGCAAUAUUUAUAUGUUUAAAUUAAGAAUAAUUUAUAUGUUUAAAUUAAGAUGGUUAAACCAUCAAAAAAUAUAAAAUUUUGAUUUUAUGUGAUAGCGCACAUCAAAAGUUUAAAGCACUUGCUCCAGAAAAGGUUGGUCAUAAUAGAAAUGCAAAACUUCCAAUGUCCAAAAUUUUACAAUAUCCUGAAUUAAGAGCAAAUCCUUUUGGCGAUAGGAUUUGUAAAGUUUUUAGCUCUAGUCAAGAUGGAGAUUGUACAUUUGAAGACUUUUUGGACAUGAUGUCUGUUUUUAGUGAUGCAGCUCCAAAAGCUGUAAAAGCAGAACAUGCUUUCAGAAUAUUUGAUUUUGAUGGAGAUGACAUGCUUGGUAUUGGAGAUUUAAGACAAGUUGUAGAUAGACUUACUGCUCCUCAAAGAUUAAACGAAACAGAUAUGCAACAAGUUCUUCAAUAUAUACUUGAUGAAGCAGACUUGGAUGAUGAUGGUGCACUUAGUUUUGCUGAAUUUGAACAUAUCAUAGAAAAAAGUAGCGAUUUUUCAAAAAUUAUAUGAUAAACAAAUUUUUCUAUAUAUCAUAAUAUAUGAAUUGUUAUUAACCCUAACGACUAGCGCCGGUUAUAUCCAACAUCCACUAAACGCGUCGCAUUGGCUAGAGACAGUAACGAUACGUGAAUUGAUAGCACGCAUUAAACUGGCGUACAAGAAGUUCCUGGAACGAAUAAAGUUUAUUUGUUUUCUAUCUUUUUGUAGAGUAUCAUAGUUAAAAGUAUAAGGUAAUUAAUCAGCAAUAACAUUAUAUACAGAAAAAUGAGAGAACCAGGUUGGUAAGUUGUUACGUUCAGAAGAUCUUUAAUUUUACCUAUCCGUUUCAAAUAUUAAUAAGUGAUAUAGGUUUUCUCCUCUUUAAGAUGGAAUAUAAAAAUCUAAAAAAACGGCAACUAGUGAACGAGACUGAUGCGGAGAGCUGUGAUGAAAAUGAAUCAUAG